GGUUGUUAAAGAACAUUGUUCUUGUUGGUGAUUGAUAGCAGAGCUACCUCACCACAUAACUCUCUAGACCUCUGAGAAACAUUACCUUCCUUAUGUCUUAUCUCAUGUACAAUCCUUUAUCGCCUGGGACACAGAAUGCCUCCCAGGGGCAAACUGGUCUCUUCAGUGUGAAAACUGAGAGAGCUCCUUGGAGAACAACACCAAACGUUGGACCUGAAUCCAGCUUUACCUUCCCUGGAGCGUCUUCUGGGACUCCUACCUCGUCUAAGGAAAGAGAAACGAAGCCAUUCUCUUUGCCAAUUAGCAACUACAGGCCUGAAAACUAUCUGACAAAUUCGCAAAGUACCUUCAACAUUCCCCUCAGAGAGGAGAUCAAACACCAACCUAUAGAUCAGUGUGCUUUCUUUACCAUCACCCAAAAAGAAACCUCAUCCAUUUCAGCCCCAAAGAUGUCAGCUUCAUAUGGGCAUCAACUGUCGAGCACCAGCUGUAGCUCCUACAACUUUAUGCCAGACCACAAGAGUACGACCGAAGAUUUCUCGAAAUUGGCAUCAAAUGUGUCUGAUUAUGCCACUCGAGCAGAAGAUCAAAGAGUUUCUUCUCAACCCAGUUACUUUGACUGUAAUCCACAAUUGGCUGGGAACAUUUUAGAAAAUUACGGACUAGAGAAAGAGGACCUGGACGAACUUCUAAAUUACUCUGAAGAGCAGACUACUGCUGAGAACUUGCCCUACCUCUUACAAAGCAUUCGCAUGAAAAAGGCCACGAGGACUGCACCUGGAGUUCGGUCUAACUCCGACUCUAUGACUCGACCCACUGCAAGCACAACAGGAGUAAAUGCGGUUAAUUUUGGAAAGCCAGGAAUAUUUCCGGACAAUAUGUCUUCAUCUACUCUUCUUCACCCAGUGAAAAUGAUUAAAAAUGAACAAGCUGCUGCUGGUUCUGCAGAGGUAGAUGCCGCAAUUGGUAGGAACAUUCAGAGGAACUCUUUGCUGAUGGAUAACUUUCAAACCAGCAGUAAAGAGGGACCACUCCCAACUUUAACUAAAAUAAAAAGUGGUGAUUUGGGUUCUUCAGGUGACCAGAAAGGUUCUUUUGUUGCUGUGCCGCCUCCAAGAAUCAAUCAAACUAGACUGCUUCAAACUCAACCGAACCAGGUGAGUGGAAUGAUUCAUUCCAUUGGUUUUGGACAAACAGGAACGCCCAAUGAUAACCCAAAAAUGAUUAUUAAACCAGUUAAACCGUAUGACUGUGCAUAUACUGGAAAAUCUAUUACAGAUGUUGAGAAUACAUCUGUCAGGAACAUUCACAAUGUAGCUGGGGUUGGUGGAAAGGAUGGCAAAGAAAAACCACAGCUAAGCUUGGCAGAGUUGAAGAACAGCAGUUUGGUUUCUUCAUAUGACCAGAACGUAUCUGCUGCUGGUUUCAACCAACUGAAUGUUGCGGCUUUUCCAAAGAGGAAUGCAGCUGGAAAACAGGAGACCCAGCAAAACCAUAUGACGCAGUCAGUUCCCCAACAUGAAACCAGAUAUGCUACAUCCAGUGGUGAAAAUAAAAUUCAAGGGCAAGGAUCAAAUAUUGCAGACUCAACGAUGAAUCUGCAAGUGUUACAGAAAACCAAUAUUCAGAAAAUUUUGCAGAUUCUGAAGGAUUUGCAGCCUGGUGUGUCUUCUGCCGCAAAACCGGAUUCUCAAUCACCUUUCAUUCCCAAAAUGCCACAUAUUGAGAAUACAUCUGUCAGGAACAUUCACAGUGUAGCUGGGGUUGGUGGAAAGGAUGGCAAAGAAGCACCACAGCUAAGCUUGGCAGAGUUGAAGAACAGCAGUUUGGUUUCUUCAUAUGACCAGAACGUAUCAGCUUCUGCUUUCAACCAACUGAAUGUUGCGGCCUUUUCAAAGUGGAAUGCAGCUGGAAAACUGGAGACCCAGCAAAACCACACGACGCAGUCAGUUCCCCAACAUGAAACCAGAUAUGCUACAUCUAGUGGUGAAAAUAAAAUUCAAGGGCAAGGAUCAAAUAUUGCAGACUCAACGGUGAAUCUGCAAGUGCUACAGAAAACCAAUAUUCAGAAAAUUUUGCAGAUUCUAAAGGAUUUGCAGCCUGGUGUGUCUUCUGCCGCAAAACCAGGUUCUCAGUCACCUUUCAUUCCCAAAAUGCCACAAGUCUUGGAUGUCGUUCUACCUUCAACAGUUGUACCCAAGAACUCUGCAUCUGUCGUUUCUCAGUCUCAGCCAAUCAUUAAAGCAAAUAACAAUGCUCAGGUGCCAUCUUCUAAACCUCGACCUCCACCUCCAGCCAAGACUGCGUCCUCUAAGGAUCUGCCAUCCCUUGGUGUGAGGCGUGAUUAUGCAGCAAUUAUGCCAGGAAGAUUUCCUCACAUCUGCUCUUUAUGUAACAAAGAAUGCCCUCAACUAAAGGAUUGGGUUACCCACCAGACAAGCAACCAACACCAUGCGAACUGCAACCGCCUUCGCAACCAAUACCCUCAUUGGGAUGAGGAAGUGCAAAGGGAUGCAAUUAAAAGUUCUAGGACUUUAACCCGAGCCUCCCUACAUUAUCGUUCCCGCUCAAACAGCGGCACUUGUUCCAGCUCAGGAGAUGGACGCGACAAAUCCAUCAGCCGUUCACGUUCCCGCUCAUACAGUCCACGUCAUCGGAGGAGCUCAAGAGAUGGAAAGCACAAAUACAGCAGUAGAUCAGGACAUAGCAAAAACAGAUCCAGUACUGGCUCCAGUUCCCGUUCGUACAGCCCCAUCCGCCAUGGCUCAAGAGAUAGAAAAAACCACUCCAACGGUAGUUACUCCCAACACAGGCUGCAAUACCGCACCUCAAGGUCUAGGUCUCGCUCUUGCUCCCCACGUUAUAAUCGUUCUGGUUAUCGAUCACGUUCAAGAAGCUAUGAGAAACGGUCCUCACCAAAGAGAAUGAAUAAGAGAUCAAUUUCACCAAGAAGGAACCAUGAACGACAGUUGUCUCAAGGAAGAAGUUGUGAGCGAAGAUCGUCACCAAGAAAUGAUCCGAAAGAGGGGUCAAAGAGAUUCCUUGAGCGCCAGUCUUCCCCAAGAAUAUCUGAUUAUAAACGACUGUCACCGAGACAAUGGUCACCGAGAAGUAGCUGUGUGAGACAGAUGUCCCCAAAAAGAACUGAUAAACGAUGGUCCCCAACAAGCAAUGGUGAGCAACUCUCACCCAGAAGAAGUGGCAACAGAAGACGGUCACCAGUGAUGAGCCAUGACCAACACUCCUCUAGGUCUAAUGACAGGCUGUGGUCACCACAAAGAAGGACAGAUGUUAGUACUUAUGACAAGCACCGGUCUCCGCCAAGACGGUCCGACGACAAGCACCGGUCUCCGCCAAGACGGUCCGACGACAAGCACCGGUCUCCGCCAAGACGGUCCGACGACAAAUAUUGGUCACCACCAACGUACCAUGAUCGACAAUCAUCCCCAAGAAGGAAUGAUGAUAAAAGAUGGUCACCGACAAGAAAAUGUGAAUCAUUCCUUGAAAGAGAGGACCAACAAUUCCUGUCAAAGCAGAGUGAUGAGGAAGCGUCAUGUCUAAGGAGAAACCGCAAGAGACAUGCGUCUCCAGAAGGAGAGCCAUCCUGUCAGAAUAAGAAGUCCAGCAGUGUACGGAUCCUGACGAAGCGGCUGCUGGAAAAUUCAGCUAUCGAGUCUGCCUCAGGACAGUCCAACAUCAAAGACGUCAUAGAUUUAAUGGUUCCUGUUUUACUGGCUGAACUUGCAAAGAAUCAGGAUUCCUCACAGUCAUCAUUAGGAUUGCCCUCACAGGACAAAAGGAGAAAGGUCUUAACACAUUCAUCAAGUGGAAGACGGUUAUCACCAUCUUCCACAAAAACAUUGUCCAAACUCGAGCAGAAACAUGCAAGAUCUUCUAAAAAGACCAAGGACAAGAGGGCCCUCUCCAUCACCUCACAACAUAGAAGAAAACAUCAUAAACUGUAA